UGUGACGUCAGAUAUGCUAAUGAGAUAUGGGAGAGAAACAUGGAGGACUUGUGAUGAUAGGGAUUUAUUUAUGUUUUGUCAAUGAAAUAUGCCCAAGAGACGGAGUGGGGGAGAAAUCCCUCUUCCAGAAGGUUGGGAAGAAUGCCGUGAUUUUGACGGCAAAGUUUUCUUUAUAGACCAUAAUACACAUCAAACGAGCUGGAUUGACCCGCGAGACAGAUUCAUAAAACCACAGACAUUUGCUGAUUGUAUUGGUGAUGAACUGCCUUAUGGUUGGGAGGGGUGCCAUGAUCCAGAAAUAGGAGUAUAUUACAUUGAUCAUAUAAAUCAAGUGAACCAGUUAGAAGAUCCCAGACAAGAAUGGAGAAGUCAACAAGAACAUAUGCUGAAGGAAUACCUUACUACUGCACAGGAUGAUCUUCAGGCCAAAAAAGAAAUUUAUUCUGUGAAAGAGGAGAGGUUAAUACUAGCUCAGGAUGAAUAUCAACACCUGACAGAUACUCUAACAGGAUGGAAAUCAUCCAGAACUAGUCUUGCUUCUAACUCCAGUGUAGGUAGUAAAUAUGACCCAGAUCUUCUCAAAGCUGAUGUCCAUCAUGCCAAGAAACGAGUGGCCAGACUACGACGAGAGCUGGACCAGAUCAAAGCUGAGAUGACCUAUAAAGAACAAGGACUGGAAACACUGUCCAAAGUUGAUCAGAAAUUAUCCGGAGAGAAUGGCAACUAUAACAUCACACAAGCUGCAGCUAUAGUUGGUGAAAUUAGAGAGAUGCAGGCAUCGCUUACAGAGGGAGAACAUGAAAAACAAAAUCUUAUGCAGUCACUUGCCAAAUUAAAAGAAGAAUUUCUGGGUCAUAAGAAUGGUGGAUCUUCUCCAGAUGUAUCUACAUUGUCAAUACCACAUAUGUCUAACACUGCUUCACAGACUGACCUCAGAGGAGAGGUUGGGCUGCGAAGUGGUACUUACAUUGCUGAGAUUGCUAGAACACGACUGAAGUAUGACGAGGCUAAAACAAAACUGUCUGAUCUAAAACAUAAAUUGGCUAAUGUCGAGGAACAGAUGAUCCCUGGACAGAACGAAAUGGAUAAAGAUAGAUUAAUGUUGAUCAGUGAGAAGGAACAGUUAUUACGUGAACUGAGGAGUAUUGAUAUGAAGGGACGUAGCAGCAAUGAUAUAAACUGUGUUGCGAAGAAAAUUCAACAGUUAGAGUGGGAUAUAAACCAUGCCGCAGAAAUAUCUAACAAACAAAUCGCUGACAGACUACAGUUACAAGUAGAGAGAACAAGUCUGGUAAAAGACUUGUCAGAUACUACAGUCCUGGCAACUACACUUGAAACUCAGCUACGCAGUUUGUAUUCAUCUGUCAGUACAUUAUCUGUUUCCUCGGGAUCCAGUCUGGGAUCUAUGGGAUCAUUAUCUUCACUUAGUCGUAGUUCAUUAAAUUCAAAUAGUAUGAUAGACAUUUAUGGACAACAACAGCAUACUUCAGAUCUACCUGACCUUCACAGAAGGGUAGAAAAACUUCUUCAAGGUCAUAGCAUUUCACCUAUACAGGAAGUUCAUAUUUCUGACACUACAGCAGCAGCUACGAACAAUUACCUUCAGAGUGUUAUGGCCAGUAAUUUAUCAUCGUCAAUGAAAUCGUUAUCAUCCCGUUCAUCAUUAUCGUCAGUUUCACCACCCAUCUCACCGUAUGAUAUUGGACCUCCACCCUCAUAUGAACAACAUAUGACUGGUGCAGAUCGACAACGUAAGGUACCUACAUACUCUGUAAAUACAAACAUUGGUGUUAUUGCAGAGGCACCUAGUGGCCUGCAAUUAAAUAUUAUGGCUGAACAAUCAAAAUUAACUGGGGAUCCUGCAUUGUUACAAGUGAAUCCCACCGCAGAAUUUUCUCCACCAGUACAAGUAGCAACAGGACAAUCACUCCAGGGUGAACCUGGAUAUCAAAGUGUUGCUAAUAAUAAUGUGAGGCGUGCACAAUACCCGGAUAAUUUAGACUUGGGAUCUAUUCCACCGUUAAGUCCUAUUAGUGAGACUAGUUCUGGCGUGUGUAAUAAUUUAUCCGGUGGGAAUACAAGGAGUGUAUCUGCAGCAGUGAGUGACGAAUCUGUAGCAGGAGACAGUGGAGUCUUUGAGGCUUCAGUUAAUAUUACAAAAAGAGAUGAUUUGGAUGAAGUCUUGGAGAUGAAUUUAGAAAGUGCUCAAAUUCAAAUCAAACUCAAAUAUGAAGGUGUUGACAGUCAGUUAUUAAUAGGUAUUGAACAAGGAAGAAAUUUAUCAGCAUUAGCUUUCCCAUCUGGAGGCAAAGUAUAUAUUAAGGCAGCUUUAUUACCUCAUUUGAAGAAUGCAUCUGUGUGGGAAACAAAACCUCUGACAGAUUUGAAGGGUCCCAAAUUUUCUGAGACUUUUCAUUUGACAAUACCAGAACAUAAAGUACGAGACAAGACACUUCAAGUCAAUGUAUGGAGUAAACAUGAUAUUUUCGGUGAUGAGUGUUUGGGUUGUGUUCAAGUUAGUCUUGCAGACUUUGAUCCCAAGAUGGUUUCUAUGAGAUGGUAUAAUGUGUUGAGCUUUAAAUUCAUGCAAGCAGACAAUGUUGGAAGCAAGCCAAAAACAUCACAACCAUCUUCAACUUCAUCUGGGUCAUCUUCUGCUCCUUCAUCAUUAACACAGAAGGAAGGAGGUGAUCGGGUAGUACAGUUAUUGGAAGCUUCCUCUGCUCGACUUGGAUCAGAGAGUUCCAAAAAUAAAAGUCACCACAAAGGGAAGCAUCCAAUUGUUGCUGUACUGAAGGAAGAAAGUAGUGAUGAAUCAACUAUAAUAUCAUCUCAGACAUCAACACUCACUAGAAAUCAAGGUGCAGAUGAAAUGCAGAGACACAAUGACACUGAAGGAAGUAGAUUUACUAUAGGAGACGAUGAAGAUGAGGAUGAAAUGGACGAGGAAGAUGAAGCAGAUUACAAUGAGAAAAUUCAGGAGAUCCUGGAAGAGUUUGAUCAUGCUGUAGACAUUGCUUGCAAUGAUGAUUUUAUUGAACAAGAUGAUUCUGCUGAGCGCUGUGACAAAGAGACUAACACAGAAGCAAGGUACUCUGAUCGUCCACCAAUCAAACGUAGAACACAAGACAGUAUACGUAGUAGCACUAUACGGAGAUCACAAACCUUUUCUCCAGCCUGCAGACCAGGAUCUAAUUAUAUAUGCAAGCUUAACAGAAGUGACAGUGAUGGGUCAAUGCCUAAUUUCAAAAAGGGAUCCUUUCAUCGGCAUUCUAUGGAGCGCAGAAGUUUGAGAUGGAAGAAGCCACCCAGUAUUGCGGAGAAGGGAAGAAAGGUGCCACCACGUACAUCAUUGGAUUUAGAACUUGAUCUACAGGCGGCUCAGACAAAACUCACUCAUCUCCAUGAUGAAAUAAACAGACUUAAACAACUUAAGACGUUAUUGGAAGAUGCAAAAUCAAAAGGACAGUCAGAGUUACCACCAUGGUUAGCUGAUGAUGAACAUUUUCAUAAACUUCUGUCCGAUGCUGAUAAACUGACAUUAAAAAUGAUUAGGACAACACAAGAAAGACAUGUUCAAAAAGAGAAGAGAACAUUGACAAAACAAGACAGAAGAGCUCAACAUUUGAUGAAGAAAGUGACGAAGGAAGUACAAAUGUUAAAGAGGAAUAGUCCAAACUCAAAUGCUUUAAACUUCAGAGAGAAGAUGGCAUUUUUCACCACACCUAACAUGACAGUACCUGUAAUACCAAACGAGAGUACCGACACCGCUGAUGACCCAACCAUAGAGGAAUUUCUCAACGAUGACGAUAGAAAAGGGGAGGAAGUGUAAAAGGAAUCAUCAAAAUGUUUAUACUGAAGAGUUAAUGCAUGCUUACAAAAGUGUCUCAAACACACAGAUGAUUCAGCAAAGCAUUUGGGAUGUUGUCCGUGACUAUUUAGACAAUUAAUUGUAACAGUUGACAAGCUUCUUCAUGAAGCUGAUAGUUUGUCAAGCUUCUUUGUGAAGCUGAUAGUGUGUCAUUCCACGUUUUGUAGAAUUCCGAGUUGCUAUUCCAAUUGAGAGUUGGUUGUUUUGGUUGUGAACUUGAAAGGGAGAGAGAGAUACAAGGUUGUUGAAAACAUUAUGUGGUUACUAGAUUAAGCAUUAUAUUGAAUAUUGAAAUGUAAUUUUUUAGAGCAAUAAUGAGGAAUGUGAUAUCAAGUUUCUUGAAGAUAUAUUUAUUUCAAAUCAGUUUAAUAAUUUGAUUAGAUUUGUUGUGAUUAAUACAAAAUAAUAAAUUUAACUACCAAAUGUAGUUGAGUUAACAUAAAACAUACAUACACUCUUUCAAACCGACAUACCCUCAGAGAAUAGUUUGCAAGUAGUUUAAUAUUAGUAAAUUAUUAUGGCAUUAAUAGAUAAUAUGUAAAUCAGGUGUCUUCAGGCUCAUGUCACAUUUUAAUGAAUUAAAUCAACAUUUGAUAAAGGACAUUAGAUGAUCCAUCUCCAUACUAUUUAACUAUGUAUAUAAUCCUAGAUAAGGGUUCCAUAUAUUUCAUAUUAAAUUGAUCCUUAAAACUGUUACCCUAUACUUGUACAGGGUGUAACUGGCUCACAAAAAAUCUUACAAAAAUAAAUAAAACUGUUACCUUUCACCAGGUAUAUCAGGACACAAAAAAAUCUUCGUCCAAAAAUUAUGGUAGGAAUUCUGAAUUGUUGAAGCCUUUCAAUUGAUUUUAGUUGUAAGAUUUUUUGGUAAAAGUGAUCCUAUUCUAGAUUCUAGUUUUGUAGUAAAAACAUUGAUAUUAUGUACCAGUAUUUACAUUUUUUUAAAUGUCAGUUUAAUGACAUGUUUGUGCCAAAUUUUGAAGAAAAAAAAUGUUUCACUGUACAGUAGCCUAGAAUAAGAACUGAGCUUCUGCUAGUAUCAUUUUAGUUUAUUACAGUAAAAAGUUAGCGUUGUGAAAGCUUAUUGUAGGAGUCAGUUUGCCUUUUUAAGCUUAAAAUCAAUCAAUCGAUA